AUGGGGGGCCGUGCCGGGGCGCGGCCACGCAGAGGCGGGCGCGGCGACGGGACGGCGUGGGUCGCGGCGAGGUGCGGGAGGCGGGCGAGCAGAGCAGCGGCAGUGGGUGCGGGCGAGCAGCGGGGCGCCGGGCCUGGAUGCGCGGGGGCGGGGCGUGCGUGCAUCGGGCGCUGUCGGGGCGUGGCAACCGCGGGACGCGGCGCGGGGAGCGUGGCGUCGGGCGCACGAGCGGCGGCAGUGGCCGCGGUGACCGAACGGGGAAGGGAAGGGAAGAGGAAGAGAGGCCGGGGGCCUCACCGCGGGGCCGUAGGGACAGGGCAGUGGGGCUCGGGGAGGAGGACGGGGACGUCCGGCGACGAGGGGCGGUCCGGCGAUGGGGCGGCGAGGUCCAGGGCAAUGGGGCGACUUCGGGCGAGGUGGCGGGAUGACGGCGAUGUCGUGGUGGUGGUGACGACAACGUCCGGGGGGAGCGCGACGACGGCGUCCGGCGGGGAGAUGGGAUCGGCGGGGGCUGCCCCGAUCCAGAUCGGGCAGGGAGAGAGACGAGGGAGCGAGGCGGAGGGCGUCGGGGUUUGCUGCAUCUGCCUCGCUGAGUAUGCACACAACGACGAGCUUCGUGAAGUUCCCUGCACAAGCUGUUUCCACAAGGAACACGUCGAUAAAUGGCUCAAGAUCAAUGCACUCUGCCCUCUCCGCAAAGCCGAGAUAGGGAUCUCAUCUGGCACAUCUGAUACUCGCCACUCCGACCAUGCAGCUACACCAGCGCAGGAGAUCGAAAUGCAUUAG